GUUGACCACCAGCAUUACGCUUUCCAUUUUAAAGUUCGGAAUAGAAGAGUUGCUUUGGAAGACUAUAAUCAGGCAUCCAAACAACAUGACCAAUCGCAGGGGGAGGUGAAAGGAAAGCGGGGGGAGUGUUUCUAUUUUUGGCCCUGCAAUAACCCCUGAUGCGCGCACAGCGGCGCUCCGCCUUUCGUUUGCAUUCCCUCCCUCCGCGCCGCGUUUCCUCCCCAUAUCCGGGCUCCUGGCUUGAGCUCCUCUGUUUGCUUUUGGGUUGCAGCCAUGGAGCGGCGGCUGCCACUGCUGCCCGGGCUUGCCUGGAGCUCCUUCUGCCUCCUGCUGUUGCUGAAGCUGCUGUGCAGGGGCGCUGCUGCCCCCCACAUCGCCGGGGCUGCUGCUGCUGUUGCUGCGCCCUUGCUGUGCAAUGUCAGCUUGGAUAGCGCGCCCGAGGAGCGAUGGAACCCGGUCCUGCGCCACUUCGACCCGGAGUUCCUGCGAGCUGCUUUCUACCAGCUCAUCGACAAAGUGGUUCCCAAGUGGGUUCAUGCGAUUAUCCGGCCUCUGGCGGAAGAAUUAGAAUCCUUUGCCCCUCAGCCAUUUGCAGGCGAGAUCCGGGGACUUUGCCAAGCCCUGGGGCUGAAUGUUGGGGAUGGCUUGCUCAUCAAUUUGGCCUACGAAUCUACUGCAUUCUGCACCAGUAUCAUCGCUCAGGAUAACAAUGGGAACAUAUACCAUGGCCGGAAUAUGGAUUAUGCUUUUGGAGAUAUUUUACGCAAGACAACCAUUGAUGUGGAGUUCAUAAAGAAUGGGCAGGUAAAGUUCAGAGGUACAACAUUUCUCGGUUACGUAGGUUUAUGGACAGGACAAAGUCCACACAAGUUUACAGUUUCUGGAGAUGAGAGAGAUUCUGGCAAGUGGUGGGAAAAUGCCAUUGCUGCUUUUAUAAAUCGAAAUUCUCCAGUCAGCUGGCUGGUCAGGACUGUUUUGAGCGACGCUGAAGACUUUGAAGCUGCUGCUCUCAUGCUGUCCAAGACACCGAUUAUAGCUGACGUCUACUACAUCAUUGGGGGCACCAGUCCCAGGGAGGGGGCAGUCAUUACGAGAAGGAGAAGCGGUCCAGUAGAUAUUUGGCCCUUGGAUCCUCUGACCGGAGGGUGGUACCGGGUGGAGACAAACUACGAUCACUGGACAACCCCUCCUCCUUUUGAUGAUCGAAGAGCCCACGCCAUGAAGGCGAUGAAUGCCACCGGACAGAAAAAUAUUAAUCUCGAGUCUCUCUACAAAGUGCUAUCCGUACAGCCGGUCUUGAACAAGCUCACAAUUUAUACCACUGUAAUGAGUGCUGCAGCCCCCAGCAAGUAUACGACAUGCAUCAGAAACUUGGAAUGAAAACGAAUCAUGGAGGGAUUUGGAAAAAUGGGCUUCCCCUAGAACCCACAUCGAGAUUUAUGCUCCCUGGACAAGCAGUUCAGUACAUUAAUGGGGAAAUUUACCAUCCUGUUCUUUUACAAAGAACAACAGACCACAGUGGAAAUUCACUAAAUGUGGCUGACUGCAUAGAACUUGAAAUAAUCUUUCCCACCUAUACAGGAAUGCAACUAAGGUUGAAGCAUAAUCAUCUGAAUAUGAUUUCCAGUGGAUGAUGCUUUGAAGGCAGAUGAUGCAGGAACCUUGAGGAAAUUAAGCAGGUCUGAGUCUGGGAUGGCAGAGUACCUGGUAACCCUACUGACGAUGCCUUGAUUUCCACAGAAGAACAGCAGGAUGGAGGCGCAUCAAAUUGUGUCAAGAGUAUGCGCAGCUGUGGCCAAUUCCAGAGAAUGGUGGGCUUGAGCAGGCAUCCCCAACCUGUAACCCUCCCCAUGUUUUGGCCUACAACUCCCAUGAUUCCUGGCUAACAAGACCAGUGGUCAGGGAUGAUGGGAAUUGUAGUCCAAAACAUCUGGAGGGCCGAAGGUUGGGAGUGCCUGGGCUUGAGCAUUCGCUGGGCUCCCUACAUAGCCAAAAGGCCCACUGCCCCCAAAACCCUGCUACUUUGCACAUGGCACUUGAGAAAGUUAGAGACUGCACAAUAUAAUUCUCAUUUUGCACACACAUAAUCUUUGUAGGCUAAGGGAGCCUGUUGAAGAUGCUCUGCCUUUUAGGUGCUAGCACUGCAUAUAGUAAUGCCCUGGUUCUGGUACUCAGAAGAUGAAGUUUAAAUAUUUUAAUGUUUGAAAUCUUAAGCCUUCAGACAGGACUGAAAAGUUAAUGGGUUGUUUUUUUAUCGUCGCUCUUGGAAUAAAAUGAUUGUUCUGCUGUUGAUCUUUGAUGAAAGGACUGUAAAUAAAUUGAUUUAUAAAGCA